CUUCGUGGAACUAGGUAAACAUCAAACAUGGCGAUGACAUGGAAUUCAUCGAAGAAACAUAGUGAUCGUGAAAGGUGGAUUUGUAUUUAUCCAGUUUAUAUAAAUAGUAAAAGAACUCUAGCAGGAGGCCGAAAACUUGCAAAAGAUAAAUGUGUUGAAAAUCCUACACAUCAAGAGAUUCGAGAUGUAUUGGUAGCAGCUGGUUUUAAUGUUGGAGUAGAAAACAAAUUACAUCCACGAGAGCGUAGUAAAGAAUUAUUAUUCCGCGGACGUAUUCGUGUUCAACUGAAAAAUGAUGAUGGCACUCCUGUAAAACCUGAAUUUCCAACUAGAGAUUCUGUUUUAGCCUAUGUAGGCACUACUAUUCCAAAAUUAAAAACUCGUCAAGGAAAACAAUCAAGUGGUGAGCAAUCUUCUCAGCCAUCAAGUUCAUCAACAAAGAAAGGAAAAGGAAAGGGAAGGAGGUGAUAAAAAGAAAUAAGCAUACUAGAACGUAA